CAAGACUACACUAGUCUUGGGCUCGAACCAUAUAACCAAAUCACAAAAAUGGCUCACUCACCAAACAUGACCAUGAUGUUCAUAGCUCUCCUGGCUCAAACCACCCUUUGCUUCGCUAAGAUCACCAAUGGAGGUUACCUCUAUCCGCAAUUCUAUGAUCGGUCUUGCCCACAAGUCACCAACAUAGUUCGCUCCAUUGUUGCAAAAGCCGUUGCACAAGACCCACGCAUGGCUGCGUCAUUGCUUAGACUCCAUUUCCAUGAUUGCUUCGUUAAGGGAUGUGAUGCAUCAAUAUUGUUAGACAGUGGCGGCGCCAGGAAUGUAAUUAGCGAGAAAGGUUCCAUUCCCAAUAGCAACUCGGCUCGUGGAUUUGAAGUCAUUGAUGAGAUCAAAGCUGCACUGGAGACGGCCUGUCCACAGACCGUCUCCUGUGCAGAUAUCCUGGCUCUAGCAGCUAGAGACUCUACAGUUUUGAGUGGCGGACCGAGUUGGGAAGUCCCGGUUGGAAGAAGAGACUCACUAGGUGCAAGCUUGCAUGGAUCUAACCACAACAUUCCCGCUCCAAACAACACUUUCCAAACCAUCCUCACCAAGUUCAAGAUCCAAGGUCUUGAUAUCGUCGAUCUUGUAGCGCUUUCAGGAAGUCACACUAUUGGAAAUGCUAGGUGCACCAGCUUCAAGCAAAGGCUAUAUGAAAAAACCGGCAAUGAGCAUACCGAUAAACUGUUUGCAGCACAGUUGCGCAUGAACUGCCCGCAAUCAGGUGGUGACCAGAACCUGUUUUUUCUGGACAAUGUGACCCCUAUGAAGUUUGAUAACGGGUACUACAAGAACUUGAUGGAGUCAAAGGGGGUUUUGAGUUCGGAUCAAAUCUUGUUUAAGGAAAACCAGGAAUCUAUGGAGCUUGUGAAAGAAUAUGCUGCAAAUCAAGACAUGUUUUUUCAACAGUUUGCGAAAUCAAUGGUUAAGAUGGGGAAUAUUAGUCCAUUGACAGGAUUCAGAGGACAGAUCAGAAGAAGUUGUAGGAAUGUCGACGGUUAAAAUUCGUGUUUUACUUGUUUAAAUGGAGGGAACUUUUUAUAUUCUGUUUAUAUAGUUGGAUCCUAUUAUGGAUCAAUAAAAUACUGAAGUUACGUUACAUAGAAACGAAUAUCAUGUAAUAUCUUCAUCAUUGCUAUAUAAAGUUUUUGUUGGUUAUUUUUA